CACGCGCACACUCGGAGUCAGACAGUUGGGUUCGUCCCAGCUGUUCCUCUCCGCAUUCAGACCCUCGGCGCGCGACCCCGGCGCGACACUACGGCGCAAACGCCGUACGGGUGGGGGCGGCCAGGGGCGCGCAGGCGCCGCGGGGAGUGUGAGGCCGCGCAGGCGCGGACGGCGUUGGUUUGAAGAAGACCUUCAGCGUUGCCCUGGCCGAGCGGAGACAGGCCGUCUGGUUGGAGAUAUGUGUAACACACCGACUUACUGUGACCUAGGAAAGGCCGCCAAGGAUGUCUUCAACAAAGGAUACGGAUUUGGCAUGGUCAAAAUAGAUCUGAAAACCAAGUCUUGUAGUGGAGUGAUGGAAUUUUCUACUUCUGGUCAUGCUUACACUGAUACAGGAAAAGCGUCAGGCAACCUAGAGACCAAAUAUAAGGUCUGUAACUAUGGACUUACCUUCACCCAGAAAUGGAACACAGAUAAUACUCUUGGAACAGAAAUCUCUUUGGAGAAUAAGUUGGCUGAAGGGCUGAAACUGACUCUUGAUACCAUAUUUGUACCGAACACAGGAAAGAAGAGUGGGAAAUUGAAGGCCUCCUAUAAGCGGGAAUGUUUCAGUCUUGGCAGUAACGUUGAUAUAGAUUUUUCUGGACCAACCAUCUAUGGCUGGGCUGUGUUAGCCUUUGAAGGUUGGCUUGCUGGCUAUCAGAUGAGUUUUGACACAGCCAAAUCCAAACUGUCACAGAAUAAUUUCGCCCUGGGUUACAAGGCUGCAGAUUUCCAGCUGCACACCCAUGUGAAUGACGGCACUGAAUUUGGAGGGUCUAUCUACCAGAAGGUUAAUGAGAAGAUUGAAACGUCAAUAAACCUUGCUUGGACGGCUGGCAGUAACAAUACCCGUUUUGGCAUCGCUGCUAAAUACAAGCUGGACUCUAGAACUUCUCUCUCUGCUAAAGUAAAUAAUGCCAGCCUGAUUGGACUGGGUUAUACUCAGACUCUUCGACCAGGAGUCAAACUGACCCUAUCAGCUUUAAUCGACGGAAAGAACUUCAAUGCAGGAGGUCACAAGGUCGGGUUGGGAUUUGAACUAGAAGCUUAAUGUGGCUUGAGUAAAGCAUCUGAUUUGUCCUUGGAGGUGAAGAGAACCCACUAUGUUUUGGCCUUAAAAUUCUUCUGUGAAAUUUCAAAAGUGUGAACUUUUUAUUCUUCCAAAGAAUUGUAAUCCUCCCCACACUGAAUUCUAGAGAUCGCAAGUCCAUCCUAAGGGAGGUACUUGAAGGCAUGCCUGGAAGUUGUCAUGUUUGUGCCACAUUUCAGUUGAGUUCCACAGUGUUAUUUUAAAUGUGAACCUCAGCGACAAUGUAGUGUCCUGUUCCAGAGGAAACGACCCCAUCCUCCAGUUUGUACAUCACGUCCUGCAUGUCCCACACCACUUUUUCAUGACCUUUUAAUAUAUUGGUCUCUGUGCUGUAGUGAAAUCUUUGGUUUUGCAUCAGAGUAAAAUAAAAUAAACCCAUCACAUUUGGAACAUAAUCACU